CUCAACUAAACCCUCCCCAAUCCCCUUCCAAAUCACUGCUAAGUUCAAAUUUGGAAGUCGACCCAAUACUCCUCUAUUCUACAUCUACCCAAUUUCUACGACGGCUUGAACAUUUGAAGUGAUCCGAGCACGGGGCUUCGUGAAAUAUGCUGGGAAUGAAGACGAUGCAGAGGAAUUGAAAGGGGUUUGUCAUGAUCAGCACUACUCCUUCUCUUUCCCACCUAAUUCGAGCAAACUAAGGAGACGAGCGCGGUACGUUUAGUCUUGUGAGAAUUUUUUUUUUAAGGUUGAUGUUGAUCUACUAGGUGUAUUUAGAAUGAGCUCUACUUUCAGUAUUCAUAUGCGUCAUGGUGGUUUUCUCACGCCACCUCCAGAUUCGAGAAACAGUGGGGAUUCUAUAGAUUAUUUUGAUAAUGCGGAGUAUGAUAAAAUUGGGUUUUUUUAUAUUGAAGGUUUUGUGAAAAAACUAUUGUCUAAUAAUCCUUUCAGUGCUAUAUGGUACUCAAAGUCUAGUUUUAGCACUUUUGAACAGAGCUUAGAGAUUCUGACAAAUGAUUUUGGUGCAAUGGAGAUGAAGAUGAUGAUUGCUCGUAAUAAUAAUAAUAUAGUGUCAAUCUAUGUUGAGCACCUACUGGAUGAUGAUGUUGUUGGGUCAGAACAGGAUGAAGGGGCUGUUGAUGGUGUUCGUGAUAGUGAGGAUAGUGGAAAUGACAGUGCUAUUGGCAUAAGCUUCGAUGACAGUGAUUCUGAUAGCAGCAGUAGCGAAGAAUUUGAAGGGACAACUGCUACUAGGGUUAAAAAAGAGGAUGAGGACCAGAGCACAGAUGGUACAUAAUAGGAUGAUGCUUGGGAAGGGUCUCAUACUGAUGAUGAGGGGUUACCAUUCACUAAUGACAAAAAUGAUGAGCAUCCUAGUGGUAUGACUUCUUUUCCUGAAUUCAAAGAACCAUAUGAUCCUAAGAAUAUAAAGUCUACACUUGGUUUAUUUUUUAAAAGUAGACAAUUCCUCAAGAAGGUUCUUAUUGACUAUUUUGUGCAUAAUUUUCAUAGCUUUAAGUUUGACAAAAUUGACAAGCAGAGGGUAAAGAUGAUUCGUACAGGAAAGGAUUAUGAGUGGAAGAUAUAUGCAUCUCCUUACAACAACACCGAUGCUUUUCAAGUGAAAACUUAUCAUCAAUACCACCCAUGCUCUAUGGUGCAUGAUAACAAGAGAGCAAGCGACAGUUGGUUGGCCUCCCAAUGGGUGAAGACUCUAAAAAUGGAACCUCAAUCUUUCAAAACAAAAAGUGUAUAGAGCCAAGAAGUAGACAGAAAUGAUUGUUGAAGGGGCUAUUGAUGCUCAAUUCAAAGUCUUGCCCUAAUAUUUGCUCGAAGUUAGAGAGACCAACAUUGGAAGCAUGUGCUAUAUAAAGUGUGUUACACAAAAUGAGUUAGAUGUGAUUGGUCCAAGCAGAGUGUUAUUUCCAAGAUUUGAGAGACUAUAUUAUUCUAUCAGCGCAUGGACGAAUGGUUUUAUGGCAGCUUGUAGACCAAUAAUUGGUCUCGAUGGAUGUCAUCUUAAAGGGGUGCAUGGAGGUCAACUGUUGGCUGCGGUUUCUAAGGAUCCAAAUGACAGAAUAUUUGUUAUUGCAAUAGCAGUGGUUGACUUGGAGUGUCAUGAUAGUUGGUCAUGGUUUUUAAAAAGCUUGUUUGAUGAUAUCGGUUCAAUUGAAGAUAAAGGAUGGACCUUUAUAUCUGAUCAACAAAAGGUUAAUGCAGGUCCAAGAUUAAGGAUGAGGGUAUGCUUGACACAACAGUCUACAAGUAGGAAGUCUCGCGAAGCUGGACCAACACGUGCCACACAAUAAUCUUAUGUAAAUUGUGGUUGCUUUUGUCUUUUUGUGUGCUAUUAUCAAAUUUUUUAUGUUAUAUUGCCAUAAAUUUUGGGAUGUGCUAUUGUGGCAUAUAUUUGUCUAAAUGAUACUUAACAAUCUGGAGUGUGAUUAUGGCAAAUAUGCUUUGGAUUUUAAGUUGCAUGUGCAAACUACUUGAAUGCAAACUGGAGAUUAAAUGCAAAGUGCAUUUUAUUUUUUUGAAAAAUUUGGUUGCU